AUGUGGCUCUUUGGAUUCCUGUUCACAGUCAUCUUAUGUGUAGCCAAGUGCACGGAGGGGGAUGUUUCUGUAGAAGCAGCAUUUCAAGGACGUUGUGGCCACGGCAGUCCCUGCGAACAGUUGUGCUACGAGUUGCACGACGGCAUGUACGAAUGCGACUGCUCGGAAGGAUUCGAGCUGCACAGAAAUGGCUAUAGUUGCCAAGAAAUCAACUCUACCUCCAGCGACGACAACUCAUCCAAUGGCGAAGAAGACGUCCUGUAUCAGCGCGGUGCGUCGUUUAGCGCCAAACUCGACAUAUCUGAUCUGCACAUAUCGAUGAAAUCAUACGAUGAUGGCGAAACGGAAGUAACGGACGAUGAUGCUGACGCAGGAGGCGAAGUCGAAGUCGCCAAUCCGUCCAACCGGUUGACAGCCAGCAAAGGUCGUCGGCCGCCAAGCAGCAAUCCAAACAGCAUCGUCGGCAGCGAGCUGGCCAGGCGAAAAACUGUUCAUAAUUGGAAGACCGAGGCCUCGAAGCAGUCUUCGAAUGCGAACGACGCUUGGAGCCUCGUCCAAGCAAAGCCACAUCUCGGCAAGUCGAGUCGCAACGAAAAAUCCGUCCACAGCGGUGGGUCAUCAAUGGUUGUGGCUUCCGGCACUAGCAACCGGCACGAUCAUCAACCACAACGAGCGCAGCAACAAACACCACAGAAACCAUCCGGCAGUGACCGGCGAAAAUCUAACACAACUGAUAGCGGCGGCGGGGUGACCCAUGACGGAAGCAGAAGCAAUAUGCCUCUGGCAGGUGAUAUGGAAAUCAGCGGCAUAUCAUUACGCUCGCCUGUCACCGAUCGCGGGAAUGACGCUGACGGAGCAUCGUCCUUAAUGGCAGAGCCAUCAGCGUCUCGUGAUGUGCUGGAUGCAUCGGAAAUACGAGCCCUGCCACUGUCGAUGGCAACCUCAAUGGAGGAGGAGACCAGCGGAUUGCGCGAAGCAAAGGAUCUCAUCCCGCAAAAAGUUACGGUAGAUAACCUGCCUGAACAGGGAUCGCGCCUUUUUUCGGUUACUGCCGAGGAGGUUGAAAAUAGUACGCAGCCAGUGCCAGACGGUACGGUGAGGGAACCGUGUACGUUCGACUGUGGUCCCGAAGGCGUUUGUCAUGCUGGUGUUGAAGGAGCUCCAUUCACGCACUGCUUGUGUCCAUUCGGGAAAAGCGGAAACCGAUGCGAAGAAGAUACGAAAGUUAACACGCCACGCUUCAAUAAACGAUCGUGGGUCGCAUUUCCCGCCUUACGAGGAGCGUACAAACAUGUUCAGCUGCAUGUCGAAUUUCGCCCUGAAUCGUUUGAUGGCGUUUUGUUGCUUACGGGUGAACGAGACGAUUUAACGGGAGACUUUAUGGCGCUGCUGUUACAUCAAGGUUUUGUAGAGUUCUGGUUCGACUGCGGUUCUGGCAUGGGGCGCGUCAAGUCAGAGGAAACAAUCGUGCUGAACCAAUGGAACACGAUUACCAUCUAUCGUCAUCGCUGGGACGCAUGGCUGGUGCUGAAUCAGGGCAACCGUGUGCAGGGUCGCUCAAAGGGAUUGUUUUCACGCAUCACAUUCCGGGAACCGGUUUUCCUCGGAGGAUAUGGCAACAUCACCGGAUUAGACCGGAAGCUACCCGUCAGCACCGGCUUUACCGGAUGUAUUCGAAAGUUUGUCACUAAUGAUCACGAUUACAACUUCCAGCAGACCCCCCUGGGGGACGUUUCACAUGGGUUCGAUAUUCAGGAAUGUAUAACCGAUCGGUGCAGUCGCUAUCCUUGCCAGCACGGUGGCAAGUGCCUCCCGUCCGAUGAUGGUGCCAUCUGUCUCUGUCCGUUGGGAUUUGGCGGUGAUUUAUGUGAGAUGCGACUGGAUUUACAGGUACCAUCCUUCAACGGGUCGUCAUAUUUGCGCUAUGCUCCUCUUGGUGAUAGCUGCAUCAUUUGGUUUGAGUUAAAGAUCAUCAUCAAGCCACUUCUGGAGGACGGCUUGCUGCUGUACAGUGGGCACCAUGAGUACGGUGAUUACAUUUCGCUCUGCCUCAACAUGGGCUUCGUCGAAUUUACGUACGAUUUGGGCAGUGGGCCAGCUACUGUCAGGAGCGAAUUUUCUCUAACCAUGGGACAGUGGCACACAAUCAAAGUCUCUCGCACUUCGAGGUUGGCUGUUUUGAAGAUCGAUCAGCUACCGGAGGUGAUGACGGUGUCGCCGAAUGGAUUCUGGCAUCUGUCGCUACCACACAGCCUGUAUCUCGGUGGUGUUCACAAUGUCCACACGCUACCGAUGAGCCUGCGGGAUAAGGGUGCGUUCGCCGGUUGCAUCCAGAAGGUCGACAUCAACGAUCGCACGAUUUCGAUCAUCUCCGAGGCGCUCGGUGGCUCGAACGUGGAAAACUGUCCGCACGCUUGCGUGGCCCGGCCGUGCGGCCCGCUGGCCAAGUGCGUCCCGAACCUAGACACGUACGAGUGCCAGUGUAACCCGCAAAAUCAGCAGUGCAACAAGGCUGAAGAGCUACCGUCGGAGGUAAUCGAACGGCAGCAGCGGCUGCUGAUGCGGAAGCAGCAACAGCAGGAGCUGCAACGAGUGCAGACACCACCGACGAGGGCGACCGCAACAGUGCCAGCAGCACCGGAAGACAGCACUCUGCCGCAUGAUAAUAACCCUUCGGAUGGUGGUGAGGUUAGCUCGGAAGAGGCGAGCGACGGGACGUACAAUGAUUAUUACGAGGACGGGCAGCAGUCGGAAGAGGAAGAAAAGGGGAAAUCAACGCCAGGAGCAUCCACGCCCUCGGGUGGGACCGACCCGCAAAGGGUGGGACGGGAUCCAUUUGGGAGACAAUCGAAUGACGAGGUGGUGCCGGAAACGCACAGCAGGCACCCCGGAUAUGGUGGCCACGAGGAAGCCAAGCUCGGCGGCGGUGGUGGUGCCGUGGCUAAUGAGAGCUUGGUUAGCGAUCGAUAUCACCGCACGGCGCUCGCCGAUGACGAACAAGCAUAUGCAGGUGGCGGAGGCGACGCUUUGGCUGACAUAAUGUUGGACGGUGGCACGGACAGAAACCACAGGGCCACGUUGGUCACCGAGCUGGCAGGGUUUGGAGAGAGGAGCCCGGGGCAUUCGGCAGCAAAACAGCACCACAAUCAGCCACCGAGGGACGGGACGGAACAGAAACGGGGCGGUGGAGGAACCCGCGUGGUUGAUAAGGAUGUCACGGUUGCGAGUGUCAGUGACAGCGGGCCCGCAGACCAAUCAUCGACCGACGAAGACGCUGACAGUAAUGGCAGCGAUGAGGCGUACGAUAGCGCUGGGAGCGAUGGGAAGGAUUACGAACAACAUGGCGACCGGAUACCUUACCGGCCCGAUUUCUUGCUCCACCGGCCCACCGGUUGGAGGGGACGAAAGGCACGGCCCGACCCGGCGGAGCCGGAGAUCGAUGAGUCACUGAUCGAGGAGAUGAACAGAAUUAUGAAAAAUCACAACGACGGUGCGGACGACGCCGAGAGCUUCUGGGGUGUCGCGGCUGAGGACGAUGAGCCAGGCACAGGCGGCGGCGGCGGUACGCGCACUGAUCGAGGUGAAGCGUCGGACAUCAACGACGAAGACGAUGUGCCGGUGUCGGAUGACGACCAUUACGGUGGGCAGCAGCACCCAGGCGGCCAUCAUCGACGACGAAAUGGGGCGGAGCCCAUUUUCCACGGUUCAGCGGUGCGGGACUGGGGACGGUUCGCUUCCUCGCAUCAGCAAUCACAGCUGUCACCCGGGAAAUCCGGGGACGAGUUUCAGGACGACGACGACGACGACCGGGACGACGGGGACGGGGACGACGACGGGGACGACGUCCUGCGCAGCGUGAAGUAUAAAAACAAAUACUUCCGGAAGUACCAAGGCGCGUGCUUUACCGGCACCGACAGCUACUUUCACUACAGCGACGCGGAGACCAUGCGGCGCGUCAUCAGCUACGAGAUUGAUUUGAAUCUGCGCUUCAAAACCCAUUCCAGCAGCGGGCUGAUUCUCUGGACCGGACGCCACAGUGCGCUCGAAGGCGACGAUUUCCUCUCGCUGGGCAUCGAAAACGGAUUCCUACAUUUGCGGUACAAUCUUGGAUCCGGCGAAAUAAAUAUCAAAUACAAUGCAACGAAAGUUAGUGAUGGUUUGUGGCAUCGUGUACGAGCGUUAAGAAACUCGCAGGACGGAACGCUGAAAGUAGACGGUGGAAAGCCAAUCACUAGAAGAUCGCCCGGUAAGCUGAGGCAGCUCAACACGGAUACCGGGCUCUAUGUCGGUGGGCUGCCGGCUGCGGUGCAUUAUACUCGCCAACGAUACCGGUCUGGUAUCAUGGGCUGCAUAUCGGAGCUAAUACUGGCCGGUGAGCUUCGCCUGAGUUUCGACGCAACGAUAUUGGGUACGGCUCACAAUGUCGAACCGGGUGCUCCAUGA